CCAGUAAUUCAUGCGCUGUUCCUCCUGUCAUUGGAGGCUUGGACCGGCAAGAUCUGCCAAUCAGGCAGAGGCAGAGGUGUACUAGGACCACGAUGAGUAAAGGUACUGUACCUAGCUGUUCGGUCUUUGCUUGUACCCACGCCGCGGGAACGGGUGCCAACGCAGCAUGGUGGGCUCAAUGCAAGGCUAACGACGGCUCGCCUUUUCGAUCCCUCGUCUUUCGCCUCAUCCGGUAUUUCCGGAUCCAUGAUACAUGAAGUGCA